UGAUUCCGUCUGCUUGAAGAGGAGUGAGGUCUCUGUAGAAGGAAAGGCACGGUCUGUGUACAGUCUGACUCCCUUAUGUUAGUUCUGUAGUAGGAGAUGAUCACUCUGUCUUAAGAUCCUCUUUUCACUGACAUACACAGCCGCUUGCUGUAGGCGCAGCCUAUCGCGCUUUCGUUUCCCCUCUUUACCUUCUUUCCUCAAAAUUUUUCCUUACUUCACUUCAAAUCCGCCUUAUCCAAUUUUCGGUCCCGUUCCCCCCAUCAUAAGAAAACAAAAUGUCGGAUCUCGACAUGGCUGCGAGCUUGAUCCUCGAUAUCAUCGCGGUGGGGACCAAUGUGUUGCUCUACAUGGCUCCAAUCCCGCUGCUCUUCUGGGGCUUGAAAGAGCAAAAGCAAAAACGCAAGGAUCAACCGAAUGUACCAUUUACAUGAUCAUUUAUAAGUUCUAGUCUUUUAUUGCUAAAAACAAGAACUCUAAAUGCUUAGAUCUGUUUUUACUCUUGACUAACAUACGUACUACCACGAGGGGAAGCAACACACUACCGCUAACAUAGUACCACUUUUCUAUGAUAGAUUAGUUUUUUUCACACUACCGCUAACAUACUACCACUUUUCUAUGAUAGAUUACAGUUGCUACCACUUUUCUAUGAUAGAUUAGUUGCUUAUUUCACGAGGGCAACGUAGUAGCUCGCUAAAUGUGCAUAAAACAGGAACCUCAAGGCGUGAUAGACUUGCCGCCUUUGCCGUUGACGAUGCAAGCCGCUUCUUGUAUCGGUUGGCUGACUUACACGUCUUUGAACCUCAUUUGGAUUGGUAUCAUUCCCAAUGCGCUUGGAACGUUGCUGUCCUUUCCUUACCUGCUGAGCUAUAGCAGCAUUUACAAAGCGAAUCUUUACAUUACGAAGUGGUGCUGUACAACAUCAAAUGAAUCCAUGUAGUGUACAAAUUCUCUCCAAGUGGUGUACAACAUCAUACAAAUUCUCUCCAUCUUCUACCAUCUAUCAAUCUUGGUCCCGUGUAUUUUGGGCUUAGGGAAAAGAAGCGGGGACGACCAAGAUUGAUUCUGUCCAAGAAAGAUGGAAAUGGAUCUCUGCAAGGUGUCUAAUCACAGUGGGCAACUGAAAGGUCAAAUGAUCAAGGUUUCGGUCUUCGUGUCCAUCAUCAUGGUCCUGCUUUUGCUCAGUCAAUUAUUCGAUGGGAAGGAUUCCGAUGCUGUGGUGGCAACGAUUGGUUGGCUGUGCUUUUCCGCAUCAGUCAGCUUUCUCACGACUCCCCUCCAAGAGUUCGUUCGUGCUAUUUGUUUGCAAAACGUGGAAGUGUUGUUAAGACACUGCAUCCGUCACUUACAUGAUCCCUGACUCUUUUUACCCCCACUAUACCGCACUGCAUCCGUCACUAACAUGAUCCCUGACUCUUUUUACCCCCACUAUAAAGAAGUGUACUCUUUUCCCACUGAGAAAGAAGUGUCAGGGAAGAUGUUCUGACGAGUGCGGUGGUUGACGAUUUCCUCUAAGCUUAGGCUCGUUGACGAUUUCCUCUAUGGCCAUGGGGUGCACAGUGAGUUGGACGAUUAAGGGCGUCUUUUAUCUGGAGGAUUUUCCUAUUUCUAUCGCCAACGGACUGGGCGUGCUGAUCCACACGAUUGCGCUGUGCAUUCGCUUUUACUUUCGCAAUGCCGAACCUUUGCCUGAUGCCGCGUACCCUGAGGAACUGGCCAAAAUGCAGAAACGGUACCCCUGUUGUCUGGGUAAUGGAUUGAUGAAGAAGUUUCUGGCGCCUGGAGACACCUCCUCCAAAGCUGGCGAUGAUGCUGUUGCCGAUCGUGAGUACGUCUCUGGUGUCUACUACACCCUGAAGCCAGGAUCGACGCGCAGUUCUCGACUGGGAUCCGCGAUUAUCAGUCAAGAUCUUGAAGCGGUGGCGGACAACAAAGUCGAUUCGGAUCUUGGACAACAAACUGAGAAGACAGACGACAUCACCAUUACGGCUACACCUUCAAUCUAUCUUUCAGGCAUUCUUAAGCUCACAGCAUCAGCGAUUAGUCAAGAUCUUCUCUCGACUGGGAUCAGCGAUUAGUCAAGAUCUUAUUCAAAAAAAAUUCAUCCUCCUCGUCCUCAGCAUCAUGGUGCCGUUUCUUUUCUCAGGGAAAAGAAGCGCCAGGAGGCUCCUGAAGAUGGGUUUCAACACUUACAGUUCUAACGCCAAAGCCGCGGCUGAGUUGGCAAAAGAAAUGCCGGACGAUGCUCCUGAGGCGAGAGAAACGGCUGUUGAGCUCGCGAAUGUCGUUGUGGAGACGACGCAAGCCGAGCCUUGAAGCAGCAUGGUCGUGCUGCGCACUUCUAUUGAAGGUUCUCGCACGUUCUUUAUGAUAUAACCUCGUCCAGCUUGAAUGAAUCUAUCAAGUGGGGGGAAUACACGACAUGACAUGAUAUUAUGACAUCAAUAUCUGGUAAACCUGAAAAGUUCGCGUCCUAUUACCGCAGUAAUAUAGUCUUGACGCUACAUGAUCAUCAACUGUUCACUGCACGUCCUACGAGAGUGCGACGAGAGCCAAUGAGUGUCUGCUAGGGUUUCCCCGAGAGAUCUACGUCUAGCUAUGAUGUCUCGAGAGAUUUACGUCCCUACCACGUCUAGCUAUAAUGUCUCGAGAGAUGUACGUCCAGUCUCGAGAGAUGUACGUCAGUCGUAUCUUGUUGACAGCAAUUUUCGUACUAUGGACGUCAGUCGUUGAAUCUUGUUGACAGCAAUUUUCGUACUAUGGACGUCAGUCGUUGAGUCUUGUUAAAAACAGCAAUUUUCGUACUAUGGACGUCAGUCGUUGAAUCUUGUUGACAGCAAUUUUCGUACUAUGGACGUCAGUCGUUGAAUCUUGUUAACGGCAAUUUUCGUACUAUGGACGUCAGUCGUUGAGCCUUGUUGACAGCAAUUUUCGUACUAUGGACGUCAGUCGUAUCUUGUUGACGGAGAUAUUAUGCCCAACUGGUGGAGAUAUUAUGCCAUCUGUAAGACAGUCAUCAUGGUCGACGAGAAUGAGGCUGACACUGACUCGUGUCUGAGAGUGUAUCUGUAAGCUUGAGCGUGUCGCCUGUGGUGCCUCUGUCUUCUAGAGUGGUGCUUCCUAGUUCCCGCAGGAGCUUCUGUGAACAUUGGUCUUUAGCCAGAGAGAGGUGCCACACCUAAUCUAGUGCCGUCACUUACUCCCUUUCUACGCCUAUUCAGAAAUCGCAGGAAUUUUUUUGGUAUUGUAACAGACACUCUUUUUACCGUUAGUUUCCUUCUCUUCCCCAUGCCUUGUUGUACCUCAAGAACAACGCUUGUUGUUAUCGCACGCUAAGCUACAGGUACGUGAUACUGUUCACUAAUGUGUGAUGGAGGAUCCAAUCUAAUGAUAAUUAUACUAAAAAGUGGAUUACGAUUUAGGAAAAAAUGCAGGGUGCUGCUGCAGCUUUCGCACGCUCCUCUGGUGGAGUGUCCGCUGGCUCCACCAAAGCCUCUGGAGGUGUUUCUUCAGACAUGGCCUCUUUGAUGAAGUUGAAUGGCAUGAUGAACGGCCAUGACAAUCUGAAGAAAAAGAAUCCUCUACUAGACAGUGACGAGGAUGACACAGGUGGAGGUGCUUCGGGGAAUCCUUUGUUAGCGCAAGUGAUUCAGAUGGGUCGUGAAGAACAGGGCCGUGCAGGUGGAGGAGAUCUUCCAACUUCUGCUUCGGGAGGUGGCACUAACGCAAGCAGUAAAGCUCUGGGUGCGUUUUCUGCUCUGGGAAGGGCGAAGCCUCGAGGAACAACAGGUGUGCUAGAAGAUACUCAAAAAAAUAAUGAU